GCGAGGCGAGUCUGGCUGCUCGGGCUCUUUCACCUCCCCGGAGCGGGGCCGGGACGAGUUUGGGGAUGGACCAUCCUCCCCCGGCUGGGGCCAGAGCCUUACCCCCUGGGCCAGGGCUGAGGCUUUCUCCCCCAAGGCGGGAGUGGAGUCUGGAUCCUUUGGUCCAAAGCCGAGGCAUGGCACGUCCGGUUCUCCUGAGACCAGGCUUCCUGCCCUCUCCCGCCGCCUCCGGGUAACGUUCUGGUCGCACACCCACACUGGGACCGCGCACCAGUCUUGAGGCCACAGCUUAGGUCUGUGCCCUUUACCUCCCCUGGGCCCACCUGCUUCCCCACCCACCCACAGGCCACCUCGCGGGGCUGGGGCCUGGAAGGCUGCAGCCUCUUCCCUCUUCCCCCGGGAGCGGCUCCACCCCUUCCCCUCGCUGCCCCCUCAGCAGCUGUGCCCCCAGCAUAUGUCUCCCGGGGCCUCCCUCCUCUCCUUGCCCAGCGGAGCAGUUGCAGCAGACAGUCAGGCUGCCCAGAAGACUAUUUGGUGUGGCUCCUGCACCGAGGUGGAAACCCAGCAAAGCCUGCUGUUUCUCCCCUGUAUACCCCCGACCUACAAGGCGGCCCACCCAGACCCUCAAAUCCCUGGGUUUGGCGAAUCCUGCUGAGAGUGAGCAGUAGAAGGACUCUCCAAAGCUUCCAGUUUGCCACCUGGGAGAAGGUCGCUUUCAUUUGAGCAAAGGAGAUAAUAGGAGGUACCCUAUCGGUGUUCACUGAGAAGCUGGGGUGGCAUGAGCCACAGUUGCCCUGGGAGGGUUAUAGCACCUGGGGCUGGGUGGCUCGCCCUAAGCUUGCUCUGACAAAAGAGUUUUGAGUUGGUUUUUUGGAUGAGCCUGCCAAGGAAGGCAGGCUCCUGCAGGAGUCUUGGAGGGUCGGAUGCAGCGCCGGAUGAGGAUGAGGCGUGGCAGAAGAUGCGUUUGGCUCUGCAGACACUGCAUCGGGCAGCAGGGGACUCUGGGAGGCUGGUGCAGCCAGAAGGCAUGGCUCUUGACAGCCUUCUAGUAGAAUCUCUGGAAUUGUGCAUGACAGAAGAGGAAAGAAACUAACGGGUAUUGAGCACCUACUGUGUGCCAGGCCCAGGCCAGGUGGGGAUUGGUCUAUAGACUUCACAGACACCCAAGGAUUGUGGCGUCUCCCAGACAUGCCAGAGAAGGAAGGGCCAUCUUCUCAUUAACCUUCAAGAUUUGGGGACAUUGGGGCAUUAGGGCAUUUGAGCAUGAGCUUUGGAGUCAGCCUCACUAGGGUUCAAAUCCUAGUUCAACCACUCACUAACUCUAUAACCUUGGGCAACUUAUUUAACUUCUUGAAAUCGGUUUCUUCUUAAAAAAAAAAAAAGAGAAGAAUGAAAACACCUAGUUUGCAGAGCUGUUACAAGGACUAAAAUUAGGUUCCCCCCACCUCCAGCCAGUCUGUGCAGACUUGCUGCCUGCUGUGUCACCGGGAACGCAAAGGCUGGGAAGAAGGCCCUUCCCAAAAUGGACUGGUGUUGCAGGGUGAGAAGCUGCCCCCUGACUUCAUGCCAAAGCUCGUCAAGAAUCUCCUAGGCGAGAUGCCUCUAUGGGUCUGCCAGAGUUGCCGAAAGAGCAUGGAGGAAGAUGAAAGGCAGACAGGUGGAGAACAUGCAGUGGCGAUCUCCUUGUCACACACAUCCUGCAAAUCGCAGUCUUGUGGGGGUGACUCUCAUUCCUCUUCGUCCUCUUCAUCGUCCUCAUCCUCGUCCUCCUCCUGCCAUGGGAACUCAGGGGACUGGGAUCCCAGCUCGUUCCUGUCAGCACAUAAGCUCUCGGGCCUCUGGAACUCCCCGCACUCCAGUGGGGCCAUGCCAGGCAGCUCACUCGGGAGUCCUCCUUCCAUCCCUGGUGAGGUUUUCCCCAUCUCGGAGCACCACCGGCACUCAGACCUCACUGCUCCACCUAACAGCCCCACCGGCCACCACCCCCAGCCAGCGCUGCUGAUCCCAUCUCACCCCGGAUCCUUUGGCUCACCACCCCACUCGCACCUGCUGCCCACCACCCCGGCAGCACCUUUCCCUGCCCAGGUUUCAGAAUGCCCUGUUGCCGUGGCUGCUGCCCCCCACACCCCAGGGCCAUGUCAGAGCCCCCACCUUCCCUCCACUAGCAUGCCGCUCCUGAAGAUGCCUCCACCAUUCUCGGGUUGCAGCCACCCCUGUAGUGGGCAUUGCAGCGGGCACUGCAGCGGGCCCCUCCUCCCACCACCCAGCUCUCAGCAGCUCACUAGCACUCACAGCAGGGACCCUGGGUGCAAGGGGCACAAGUUUACCCAUAGUGGCCUGACCUGCCAGCUGCCCCAGCCCUGCGAGGCAGACGAGGGGCUGGGCGAGGAAGAGGACAGCAGCUCAGAGCGUAGCUCCUGCACCUCAUCCUCCACCCACCAGAGAGAUGGGAAGUUCUGUGACUGCUGCUACUGUGAGUUCUUCGGCCACAAUGCGCCACCCGCUGCCCCGACGAGUCGGAAUUAUACCGAGAUCCGAGAGAAGCUCCGCUCAAGGCUGACCAGGCGGAAAGAGGAGCUGCCCAUGAAGGGGGGCGCCCUGGGCGGGAUCCCUGGGGAGCCCGCCGUGGACCACCGAGAUGUGGAUGAGCUGCUGGAAUUCAUCAACAGCACGGAGCCCAAAGUCCCCAACAGCGCCAGGGCCGCCAAGCGGGCCCGGCACAAACUGAAAAAGAAGGAAAAGGAGAAGGCCCAGUUGGCAGCAGAAGCUCUAAAGCAGGCAAAUCGUAGUGUUUCUGGAAGCCGGGAGCUGAGGCCUGCCAGGGAGAGGCUCUUGGAGUGGCCCGAUCAGGAGCUGGAUCGGGUCAACAGCUUUCUGAGCAGCCGUCUACAGGAGAUCAAGAACACUGUCAAGGACUCCAUCUGCGCCAGCUUCAGUGUGUGUGAGCUCAGCAUGAACAGCAAUGGCUUCACAAAAGAGGGGGCUGCAGAGCCAGAGCCUCAGAGUCUAGCCCCCUCAAACCUCAGUGGCUCCUCAGAGCAACGGCCUGACAUUAACCUUGACCUGUCCCCUUUGACUUUGGGCUCCCCUCAGAACCAUAUGUUACACGCUCCAGGCGAGCCAGCCCCACCAUGGGCAGAAAUGAGAAGUCUCCACCCACCAUGGACAGAGGUGAGGGGCCCCCCUCCUGGUAUCAUCCCUGAGAAUGGGCUAGUGAGGAGACUCAACACCGUGCCCAACCUGUCCCGAGUGAUCUGGGUCAAGACACCCAAGCCAGGAAACCCUAGCUCUGAGGAGCUAAGUGUAAAGGAGGUCCCUGGUUGCAAGCAGGAGCUGCCUGAACCUGUGGCCUCAGGUGGCAAGCCACGGAAGGGCAAGAGACAGGGUAGUCAGGUCAAGAAGAGCAAGGUGAGCCCAGCUCCCCAGUCCCCAGCCUGCCUUGAGACUCCCAGUGCCAAGGGCCAGCCCCCCAGCCCCAAGCAGCCAAGCAAGGCCCCAGAGCCUCCCAGAGUGGACAGCUGUACUGAGGCUGGAGAAGGGAGCCAGGGGACCCAACCAGGACCAGGCUGGGCUAGCAGCCCCAGAGCUGACAAGGAGAAGGGCAGCUCCUGGCAAAACUGGCCAGGUGAAGCCAAGGCACGGCCUCUGGAGCAGGAGUCUGUGCAGCCCCCAGGCCCAGCAAGGCCACAGAGCUUGCCACAGGGCAAGGCCCGCAGCCGCCGGAGCCGCAACAAGCAGGAGAAGUCAGCCUCCUCCUUGGACGAUGUGUUCCUGCCCAAGGACAUGGAUGGGGUGGAGAUGGAUGAGACUGACCGGGAGGUGGAGUAUUUCAAGAGGUUCUGUUUGGAUUCUGCAAAGCAAACGCGUCAGAAAGUUGCCGUGAACUGGACCAACUUCAGUCUCAAGAAAACCACUCCCAGCACAGCUCAGUGAGCCCCUGCCAGAUCAAGCUUCUUCAGGGUGUCCUGAGACCCUGACCGCCAGCUGAAGGUCUACACCUUUUUCCUUCACGUCGCCACCCACCUGCCCAAGACCCUCCCUGACAUCCCGGACCAACCAAAAGCUGAAUAGAUGCGGUGUGUGCUGGGACCCCUCAGGACCUCUGCAGAACCGCUUCCUGGUGCUACGCGGCCUCCACACUCAGAGCCCGGGGGCUGGGCUGGCCUUUGGGCUUGGGGGCUGAUGGUACUGCUGGCCCAACACUGCUUUCUUUGUGUUUGGUAUUUUGUUUUUGUUUUACUUGUUUUUUCAAUUCUUUUUGAUACUGUGAAGAUCUUUCCUGCCGAAAGAUAAAGCAACAUUUGGACACAGA